CACUUUGCUUUCUCUCUCCAACAAUGGAGUUCUAGAGAGAGAGAUUGAAAGGGGAAAAAUAGUUGAGGUUCAGUUCACCUGUACCAGACUUUGAAGUUAGUCUUUCUCUCUCUAAGAUGGUGGUUUUUACUCUCUUUUAACCUCGAAAGAGAAAUAAAUAAAUAAAAGGAAUCUCCAUGGAAAUGCCCGGUCGAAGAUCCAACAACUACAUUCUCCUUAGCCAGCAGGCAGAGGAGCAACAGCAAGCACCGCCGCCAUACUACGAGUCGUCGUCUCUCUCUGGUGACUCAAAAAAUAACAAACUAAUAAUAAAGCAGCAAGAGAGAAUCUUCGUGGAUUGGGAGCCUGAUCAUAGAAUAAUGGGAGGAAACAGUAAUCGAACUGGUUUGUAUUCUUCAUCGUCAGCAGCGAUCGGUUUGCAAAGGCAAUCGAGUUGGAGUAGUUUCGGAGAGAGUUCCUUAUCAGGAGAGUAUUACCCGCCGACUACUCUGUCAACCGGUGGAGUAAAUGAGAUUGAUCAGGCGUAUGGGUAUGAGGAUGGGAAUUUUAUGACGGCGGCCAGACUCCCCUCUAAUGGAUCCUCUGGGAAGAGUUGGGCGCAGCAAACUCAAGAAAGUUAUCAGUUACAGUUGGCUUUGGCUUUGAGAUUGUCGUCCGAGGCCACCUGUGCUGACGAUCCUAAUUUUCUCGAUUCUGUUCCGGCUGAAUCAGCGUUGCGCUCCUCUACCUCUAACUCGCCAGAGGCCUUGUCUCAUCGAUUUUGGGUGAGUGGAUGCUUAUCAUAUUUAGACAAAAUUCCCGAUGGAUUUUACCUAAUACAUGGAAUGGAUCCAUAUGUGUGGACUGUGUGCACUGAUUCGCAAGAGAAUGGCCGUAUUCCAUCAAUUGAAUCACUAAAGUCUGUUGAUCCCAAUGCUGAUUCUUCAAUGGAAGUGGUAUUGAUUGAUCAACGUAGUGAUCCAUGCUUAAAGGAACUCCAGAAUAGGGUCCAUGGCAUUUCUUGUAGCUGUGUAACAACAAAAGAGGUAGUUGAUCAGCUGGCAAAGCUUGUUUGCAAUCGGAUGGGGGGGUCAGCCAGCAGACGAGAAGAUGAUUUCGUUUCCAUCUGGAAGGAAUGCAGUGAUGAUCUAAAAGAUUGCUUAGGAUCUGUUGUGGUUCCAAUAGGCAGCCUAUCCAGUGGUCUAUGUAGUCAUAGAGCUUUACUAUUCAAGGUGUUAGCUGACACUAUUGAUUUGCCAUGUCGAAUUGCAAAGGGCUGUAAAUAUUGUAAAAGAGAUGAUGCUUCCUCCUGUCUUGUUCAGUUCGAGCUUGACAGGGAGUAUCUAGUUGACUUAGUUGGAAUGCCUGGCUGUUUAUGCGAACCUGAUUCCUUGCUCAAUGGUCCUUCUUCCAUCUCAAUUUCUUCACCAUUGCGCUUUCCUCGAAUCAAAUCAGUUGAACCUACCGUUGAUUUCAGGUCAUUGGCCGAACAAUAUUUCUUGGACUGCCAAUCACUUAAUUUCGUAUUUGAUGAUGCUUCAGCAGGCACUGUUGAUGAUGGUGCAGGUCCUGGAUUUGUUAUGAAUUCUAAACAAAUUGACAGGACAGGCCCAGAAAGAAAUAACCUUGUGCAAUUCCCAAGUAACACCAAUGAAAUUUCAAAGUUACCUCGGCAACUGAAAGUUAAUCAUAUAAGUGGCCUAGAUAAAGCGUACAAUCCAUCCCAGAAUGCUAAACAAUCAAUGAAUGAGGUCAGAGAUCCAAUUCCAUUAAAGAAAAUCCCACCAGUUGUGCGUAGAGAUAUCCGGCCACUUAUAUCAUUGUCUGAUCAAAGAGUUGAUGCUAGUAAAGAUUCCAUUUCUGAAGGUAGUCAACUGGUUUCUGGCAAAACAAGUAAAGAACUUUCACUUGAUGUGGAGGAUUUGGAUAUUCCUUGGAGUGAUCUUGUUUUAAAAGAAAGAAUUGGAGCAGGUUCUUUUGGAACUGUCCAUCGUGCUGAUUGGCAUGGCUCGGAUGUUGCUGUGAAAAUUCUCAUGGAGCAAGACUUUCACGCCGAACGCUUCAAGGAAUUUCUGAGGGAGGUUGCAAUAAUGAAACGCUUGCGGCAUCCAAAUAUAGUUCUUUUUAUGGGUGCCGUUACACAGCCCCCAAACUUAUCCAUAGUGACAGAAUAUUUAUCAAGGGGUAGCUUGUAUAGGCUUUUACACAAGUCAGGUGCAAGAGAGGUGUUGGAUGAAAGGCGUCGGUUGAGUAUGGCUUAUGAUGUGGCAAAGGGUAUGAAUUAUCUUCACAAACAUAAUCCUCCCAUUGUCCAUAGAGAUCUGAAAUCUCCUAAUCUUUUGGUGGACAAAAAAUAUACAGUGAAGGUUUGUGAUUUUGGGCUUUCACGUUUGAAAGCAAACACAUUUCUUUCAUCAAAGUCAGCAGCAGGGACUCCUGAGUGGAUGGCACCUGAAGUUCUAUGUGAUGAACCAUCAAAUGAGAAGUCCGAUGUAUACAGCUUUGGUGUAAUCCUGUGGGAGCUAGCAACAUUGCAGCAACCUUGGAGCAAUUUAAAUCCAGCACAGGUUGUAGCGGCUGUUGGUUUCAAGGGCAAAAGGCUUGAGAUUCCUCGGGAUUUAAAUCCUCAAGUGGUUGCAUUAAUUGAGUCUUGCUGGGCCAAUGAACCGUGGAAACGACCUUCCUUUACCAGUGUCAUGGAAUCUUUGAGGUCAUUGAUUAAACCUCCCACACCCCAACCUGGUCUUGCAGGCAUGACUUUGCUUGCCUGAAGCAUUGGAACAUCAACAGUCUUUGUGCACAUAAUACAGCAUUCUUUUGAGAAUAGAUGUUUGACAGGAAUAACCACUGUUUAGAUAGUCUCAGGUGAGAUCCAGUUUAAUACACUAACAUUGAACGAUGCCGGAGUAAAGUUAGCUGAGAUAUAACCAGGUUUUGUUGGAAAAUUAAGAAAAGCUUGGAAUUCUUUUAUAGCAAUUCAUUCGUAACCACAAAGUUCGCAUCUUCACUUAUACGAGAACCUGGCUGGAAAUUAAUGAUGGGUUAGCAUUUGUUUCGUAAUUGGAUCCCUAGUGUGUAGGUUUUUUUACUAGUUCCAAUAUUACAUUUUUGGUUGGCGUGAAUUGCUGAAAUCGGUGUGUUUAAAGUGCUGAUACCCGUCUUUAUUUGCUUGUUUGCAGAAAUCAUUGUUGUCCAUUCUAUUCCCAUGGCAGCUGGGAAUUCUGAAUUUUAUCACAACCCAAGGAAUUGGAUCGAUAUUCCAAUUAUCAUUUCUGCUGCGACAAAUAUUGUUUGCCUAUGGUGGGGAAAUUGUAUAAAGUCAUAAUUUUGUAUGUAAAGUCUGUAACUUAAAUUAGCUUUAAUGAGAAGUAGCUUCAUCGGCAUUGCACAUCA